CAAGAGACCCUCUCAUCUGUUCUCGGACAGGACUAUGAAAGGCGUGUCCUGAGAGUGCUCGUGCAAGAAGGGCUCCACCCCAUCCACCAAUUCACGAUGUCAUCUGUGGUGGCAAGCGUAUACCGGAAUAUCCUGGAAUGUCAUCAUUGGGUGUGCAACAUUCCAAGGGUUCUCCAUCGUAACAUAAGUCUCGAUAACAUUAUGUAUCGAGAAACAGAUGGGAAGGUCUGUGGUGUCUUGAAUGGCUAUGACCUUUCCAUUGAGAAUGACAGUGACUCGAGAGCCCCUUCGUCCCGACAUCGUACAGGGACGAAGCCAUACAUGGCAACGGACUUCCUCGAAUCUACGCCUUUCCCUCCACAUCCGUAUCAUGACUUUGAAUCCCUCAUCUAUGUCAUCAUCGCCCAUACUGCACGCUACCAAGGAGGGAAACUGAUGUCGAAUCCUCCACUUCAGAAGUGGUUUGACUCGGAUUCUGAGAGGUUGAAGGAUAUCAAGGCAGGCCUUAUUUGGACAUAUCCAGUCCCAGACCCUUCACCGGACUUCCAAGAAUUCCGUCAUUGGACUACUCAAAUGUGCCAAGCCCUCAUGAUGGGCAAGAUGGAUAGGGUGAGGCGUCUCAGUGCGGGUUGGGGUUGGUUGCAUCCUAAUAAGUCGGAAGGGAGUGCAACAGACAGUGCCCCAGGAUCACAGGAGGAAACCCUUGGAGGUCACUUGAGAUAUGAAAGGCUUGAAGAAAUAAUGGGUAAGGACGUUGGAUCACCUGUGUGUCUGAGAUAG